AAAAACAAUCCACACAAAGCCCCAUGCCAAUUGCCAAGCAGAUGUCUCCUUAAUUUCCACACCGUCAAAAACCAUUCACACACUUCCCAUCUCCAGCUAUAAAAACCACCGAAUGAACUCUUGAUACCCUUAACUGCUUCCCCACUUUCUUAUACAUACAUAGCAAAAAGAGACUCAUAGAGAAAAUGGUUUCUCAGGUAGUGACGAUGAGCUUCUUCUUCUUCAUAAUGGUGAUGAGCUUCAAAUAUUCUAAGGCUCAAAUGGUGCCGGCGAUGUUCGUUUUCGGCGACUCUAGUGUAGAUGUUGGCAACAACAAUUACCUUCCACUUUCCAUCGCCAGAGCAGAUUUUCCUUUUAAUGGGAUCGACUUCCCCACCAGAAAACCAACUGGGAGGUUUAGCAAUGGCAAAAAUGCUGCAGAUUUUCUCGCUGAGAAAGUGGGCCUGCCUACUUCUCCACCAUAUAUGUCCUUGUUAUUUAACAAGAAAAAAAGAUCGUUCCUGGCUGGUGUAAACUUUGCAUCUGGAGCUUCAGGAAUCCUCAAUGCUACAGGCCAAUCCCUAGGUGUAGUAAUCCCUUUGACAAAACAAGUGGACUACUAUGCAACUGUUCACGAAGAUUUGCUGGAAAAGCUGGGAUCCUCUGGGGCACAAAAGCACCUGUGUAAAUCUCUCUUUACUAUCAUUACUGGUAGCAAUGACCUCUUAAGAUACUCUGGUUCAUCUGAUCUCCACAAGAAGAACACCCCACAGCAAUACGUGGAUAUGAUGAUUCUCACACUGAAAUCGCAAAUAAAGAGAUUGUACACUUAUGGUGCACGUAAAUUUCUGUUACCUGGGCUGGCGCCUGUGGGAUGUGCUCCAUCGCAAAGGAUUAAGAAUAAAGCAGAAGAAUGCAAUGAAGAAGCAAAUGGUUUGUCUGUUAAGUAUAAUGAAGGCAUAAAGUCGAUGUUGCUGCAACUAAAAUUAGAACUUAAAAGCAUAAAUUACUCCUACUUUGAUACUUACAGCGUCUUGCAAAACAUCAUCCAGAAACCAGCUGCUUAUGGAUUUGCUGAGGUUAAAGCAGCUUGCUGUGGGCUAGGGAAGCUGAAUGCCGAAAUCCCCUGUAUUCCAAUUUCAACAUAUUGCUCCAAUAGAAGCAAUCAUGUAUUUUGGGAUAUUGUUCAUCCAACAGAGGCAACAGAUCGAGUUGUUGUGAAUACCAUCUUCGACGGCCCACCAAAGUACACAUUUCCCAUUAAUAUAAAGCAGCUUAUUGCAGUUUAAGCUCAACUCAGCUCAUAAAUAUGAAUGGCUAUGACAUGUAUUCGAUGAAAAAAUGUCUUCUUCCUAUCACAUCUACUGGCGCACCCAUAGAAAAUCAGUUCCACAAGUUAGAGAAAUUAAGUUUGGGAAGGUAAUAGGUGCAUAUUUUUCUUCUUUUUUUGGUCUCCCUUCAUAACAAAAUUGCGUUUUUUGUACUUAAAAGAGUUGAAUCGAUUAGCUGUUAAAUGUGAUACCACUUCAUGUUUGUCGAGUA